AUUAUUUAUUUUGAGCUGUUGGCUGCCGUGUAAACAAGUGAAGCGUGCAAGCACAAAGUAAACAUACUUUGCAUGAGUGACGGGUAUUUGUAAAUAUUGCUGAUUUCGACAUUUCUAUUACGGUUUUGUUCGUCCUGUCGUUGUACUGUAAUGUCAGGCAGGGAUGGUUAGCCUUACCAGAAGUUUUAACACAUCGACUAGCGGAGGAAUAUUUUUUAAUGACAACUCAGUGUCAGAAGAUGACGCUCAGCUGCUGCAGCCAGCUGCCGGUUCUAAUAGGCGCGACAACUUCGCACCCCUAAACACAAUUCUGCUCUCUGCGUUUCACCUGUCCGUUGCGGUGGGCGUGUUUUUGGUGUCAGUGGUGCUUAGUGCAGUGAAUGAUGCCAGCAAUCGGCAGUGCUUGUCAUAUUUCAUUGUGCUGUAUUUGCAUGCACUGUUUUGGUGUAUAUCAUGGAUUUUGCAUCACUUACUUAAAAAGAAACACGAUAGCCUAAAAAUCUAUGGCUACCUUGAUUUUUAUAAGGAAACAGAAGAUCAAUUCAGACUUCCUCAUCAUGUGGUUUCUGCAUGGAGUGUGCUGCUGCUCGUCGUUGAUUCACUGCUUCAUCAACUGUAUCCAGACAUGGCAGCUCACUGUGAAUCAGGAGGACUUGUCCGACCCAUUGUAUACCUCGUUAUACUCUUAUCACUGGAGACCAUUGUACUGGUUAUCUGCAUUGGCAGUUACAUAAGAAAGGUGUACAACUUUAACAAGAAAUGUCCUCUACCUGAUGCGCAACGUGAUGAAUGGCUGUUACAAAGAGAAACAGAAGGACAACGUAGUGCUUCAGAGGUUGGUUACAGGAUACACAGUGAUCAUCUGCAAGAUCUUCUAGAACGCCAGGCAGACGUAAUAACACAUCUUCGUGAGCACAAUGCUCGCUUGAGCCGCAAAGUGAUGGCUCUUUCUUCACGAGCAAAUACCAGUCAUGAUUAGUUACUCUCAUUUUUUCUCCUAUUUUUUAAACUGUAAAAUAUUAGCUUAGAAUUUUGUAUGACCAAAGUAUAUUUUAGUAGAGAAAUCUGUAUGACUGUUUACAUUGACUGACUUAAAUAUUUAUGACUUAUGUGUUUGGUUUUAGAUUUUUGUAAAUACAAGAAAGAAAUUUAUUAUCAGAUAUUAACUUUGGGAAAUGAUGAUGUUCCUAUUUUAUAGUUAGACACUUUGAACACAUCAAAUGUGUAAAUAAUAAAUGACAGAAAUUUUGUAAUAAUAAAUAUUUUAUGGUAAGAAAUUUUGGGUAUGAAGAAUUUGCCUUCAUUGUUCCACUAGUGAAGGAAUUAUUGCAAGCUUGCAACUGCAUGGCUGCUACAUUUUGUUAGGUUACAUGUCAACCAAGCAGCUUCUUUAUGUUUUCAUAUAUAUUUUAUUAACAUAUAACAUAAUAGCAUUAAUAACCAGAAGAUAUUUAAGUAUCAUAACAUUUAGUCUGUUCUACACACAUAUCAGAUCAAAACCCCAUCUGCCAGAAAAUAUGAAACUGAGAUUCUUACUGCUGAGCACUCUUUUCAAGAGACAAGUGGCUUGACAUAUUUAUGUCAGCAUUGCCCACAGAUUGAUUUAGUUACCUUCUAUAUUCAAAAUAGUCCCCUAAUCUGUUGACAGCAAAACAUUUUGAAUAUUGGAAAAACUUUUUGACUUUAAAACCCCACUGAAGAUCUAUGUCGGAACAGUCAGUAGAUAGGUAAUUUUAUUUUCUUCUGUUCAGCUUGUUUGUGACUUAAGCAUUAUAGAGUAAUGGGCUAGUGCAUUUUAUAUGUUUUAACUGGAUUUAUUCGUGGAUACAAUUGUGUGUGUUAGUGAGACUUCAAUAUUUGUCACAUGGAAAGUUUUUGUGGCCAACAAAUAUGUCUUGGAAAGCAAGACAUUUCAAACAUGGAAAACUAUCUUCAAAUUAACAGAUGACACAUGUUUAAAUGUAUAAUGGGACUUUAGUGUAUUUUCUCUUUCAGCUUUAAUGUCUCUUCUCUUUUUUUAUUAUAGGCUACCUCCUCCAUUUCUGUGUUGCUUUUUACAAAUUUGAUAAUAAUUCCAUCAAUUUCUCACUAUCUUCUCUGCAUACAUAUUUUCUUCUUAUUUGUUCUUUCCAUCUAUUGCUAGAUUGUCUCUUGUUCCAAAUUGAGUGAUUUCACUUUCUAAUGUUGCCAGAAGUCGAUACCUGGAGUAAUUCGUUAAAUUGAGACCCUUUUAAGAGUUAUAAUCAAAUCUCUUGCUCUCUUGUGAAGUCCAAAGUCAAGUCUUGUUCAACAUUGUCAGUAAAUGUAGUGGAAAAAAAUAACUUUUCCAGCAAGGUCUUCUUGAGCUCUGUUUCACUACAUCAUUCAUCUCAUUCAGCAAUCUUCCGAUAAGAGAUCAUCUUAAUUAAGUUGCACCUACUGUUUAUGUGAGUGUCUUAUGCUAUUGGUUAGGGAUUUUCAAGCAAGUUUGGCUUAAUUGGAGUACUCACUUCAUACCUGUUUGCUAACACCUGACAGUGAAUGGAAAAAUAGUAACUACCAUGCAUUAUUUCUUCACAAAAAUAAAGCAAUAAGUUCUUUGAGAUAAAUACAUUUUUAAAGAAAGAUAAUGAGCAAUUGUGGGAAAGGAAUUUCUUGCAUUCAUUUGGUUUUGGAUUACUUGCUGACUGGAAACCAGUGCUUUGUCUCAGAUCAACAGUUUUAUCACUACACUUGGAGUGCACAAUAUACAGUACCCUAUGAUAGUUUAAUUUAAAGGAUUAUUGGAAGGGCCAGAAUGAGAAGUAAAGGUAGGCUAAAAAAGAAAGUGGCAAUCAGAUAAUUAAUACAAUAAAGGGUAGGAAAGAAGAGGUACAAACAGAUAGUAUGGCUGGCCACUACUUACCUGGAAGAGGUGAAGUUCUAGUACUGCCAGUAGACUCAUUAGAAGUAAGUGGAAUUCUGCCUCUUGAAGGUAAGUACUGCCCAGCCAUAAUGUCUCCUCAUAAUUUCGUAGUUUUCUUGAGUUGAUCCUCAUUUUGAUAUAUACUGCAUAGAACGAAAGAAAAAGAAGAAAAUGCCAUGUUGAUCCCCCUUAGUAUGGAUUUUAAGUGACCUGUCCUCUUGUCUGAUCUUACCAAGUGAUUCCUCUUUUUUCCCUAAAAAAAGUAACUUGUUGUUCUGACAAUUAGGAGUGCUAUUAUGAGUUUUUAUUACUUUGUGUCAGCAACAUUAGGUGUUGUGCUUUCUUGAGGUAAGUUCUGGCCAUCCUUUCUGUCUCUACGUGGUUUUAAGAAUACACUAUGCUCAUGAUUCAUCACGCACAUUGUAGUGUUGAAAGAGGGAAUUGUGCUCCUGUGUUAAUAAUAAAGAAUGCAAGUUUGGCACUGGAGCAACAACAAUCACCACUAAUGUAGGUUUCCAUGGCCAUAGACCAUUAUUAUGUCUGUUUUUUGUGUCCAGUGUCACAUUUUAUAAAGUAACUGUCACAAAACACAAAAUGAAUAAAAUUAACAUUUCAGCAAGCCUCUUUAAGAUUAUAGCUGAAACCUUUAGAUACAGUAUUUUUUUUUUUUAAUUUAGUGACUGUUAUUUUACAAAAUAAUGCUCCUCUGCACCACUAUAUUUGUGUUAAUAGUCACCAUAUUUUAGUUCCUUGUCCGCUGCUCAUCAUUUCAUCUAUUGUGAACUGUACCCUGUUCAUAUAUAACUUUUUUUACUUCACAGACCAGGUUCUUCGUAACAAAGGACAUGAAUAUAGUGACUGACAGUCACACUCUAGAAGUAGUACUAGUCUUCUGUGCUCAGUACCAUACAAUUUUGUCAUAUUCAGUAUUUCAUCUAUUAUAUUCAUAGUAAUUACAACUAUACGUGUGAUGAUCAUAGUAAAAAUUAUAACAUACAUAGUGAACAAAUCCAGUUUCCUACCCCAUCCUUGUCCAGUUCAAGCUUGUUUGCUGUCUGUAACAACUGUGUCAUAAAUCUUGUCUUACUCACUGUUCAGUCUCUUUGGGUGCUUCAGAUGAAAGCACUGUCACUUCACAUUUAUCUUUUGUUGCUGGCUUACUGUGUCGUACAUGUCAUUUGAUUUUACUUUUAAUGCCCUCUCUUCUUCUUCUUCCAUCACAUAACAUAUUAGCUGAUGGAGAUCUCCUUGAGCAAUUAAACAUAUACUCUGCAAUUUUCUUAAAAGUAUGCUUGAUUGCUUUUGAGCUUAGCAAUUGGUUUGGUGCUUCAUAUUGUUGUGAAUGUGAAUGUGAAUGUAAAGAUUUGCCUGUAUAUUGCUCAUAAACUCAGAACCAAAUGGCUCAUUAAGGGGACUAGAUAUGAUCAUAUCUAAAAUUGUCCCUUCUUGAGAUUAUUGUGAUUUUCUGUGGGUGCUAUCUGAAGCCAUAUUAAUGCCAUCCAGUAUCUUGUAAAAUUAAUUUCUUCCAUUUAAUGUACUUUUAUUGCAGAGCAUAUUGGAAGUCGUGUACUUUUGGGAUACUUUAUUUUAAAAACAAUAUUAUUUCCAAGAUGGACAGAUUUGUAAACAAAGACUUACUGCCAAAGAUCAUGUUGGUGCAAAAAACAAAUACCUUAAUCGUACUUAGCACACCAUUACAACUGUUUCAAUCUAUUAAAAACUUUCGUCAUGACUUUUGUAAUUCCCUAAAACUUUUCAUAAGCAAAUGAUUUUUGUGCAUUAGGUACUUAUCAUAGAAAUCAUUAUGCACUAUUAAUUGUUGGAAGUUUAUAUAUUUGAUCUGUUAGAGAUAUGGAAUUAUCAUGAUGAUGAUGAUGAUAGGAACACACAAUUUUGUUAAUUAAUCUUAGUCAUUUUUUGCUGUCAUUUUUGCAAUAUACAGAAGCUCCAAUGAAAAGUAACAUUUCUUCAUUGGAUAUUCUUGUCAGUGUCAUUACAUCUUCUCAGCAUUCUAUUUUCUGGAUCACAUCCUCCCUGUGAGAGAUUUAAUGAGUGUAAUUGGACCCAAGAAAAAGCCUGUUUGUGCCUUUUGUUGGCCACUGAAUUAUAAUUUUUUUUCUGCCUCUGAUCUUUGUAUGAUAUUUGACUGUGCAACUGAACAUCGUUUUGACCUACUUUAGCAGAGAGCUGUUGAGCAAGGUGCAAGUAAAGGAAAACUGGUGAAUUAUUUCACAAAGGUUUGCUUCACUAUUUCCUUCAAGUAACAUGCAUGGCUUCCAUUUUAAAGAACCUGAUACUUUGAAGUAAAUUCAGAAUUAUACCAAUAGUGAGUAGGCACAAUGUAAUCAGCUGGGACAAUGUAGGAGUCUAGUUGCAUUUCAGUGUAUGUAUGUAUAUUCUGUUAGCUCUGAAAAGGAUUUAUCAUGAAGCUUAGCAACAUAAUCAGUUUUCCUUAUGUGCCUGUUGACAUCUCAACACCUCAAGUAUAAGUUGUUUAACCCAUUCCAUUAUUGAUAUUCCACCAAGUACAUGGUGAUGUGCUAUGAAACUGAAAGAUGUGUUUCCCAGCUGGUUAUCCAUUUAUACUUCAAAGAAAGUAUAUGUCACAUGUAAACCGGUUAAAUACUGCUGUCAUAACUGGUGGUCAUAAGUUGAUUAAGUUGUCUCAGAUUCUGGGCAUAUGAAAUCUUUUAACAAUUAUCUCGUAACAGAUUUCUAGAAAUGAUGUGCAGAAUUGACAGUUGUUGAAAUGUUGUGAGUAAUGGAGCUUAAAAUCAUACUAUGUUACUGGUAUGUUAGAUAUUUUAAAUACGGUGUGGGCUGCUAACUGAAGUAUGAUAGCAAUGUAAAAGCAGUCAAUGUAAUUUGAUUUCUGUUGAUUCAGCUACUUCCCUCAGUUAUCUUGCUCUAGUCUGUUUGUAAAACAAUGUUAUUGGCAUAAUUAAUUCACAUUUGUUUAAUUCAUGUAUGCAGCCCUAUAACUCAAGUAGUUUACAUUGAAAUUGCAUGCUAUUAAACUUAAAUGUUCUCAUUAUUUUUUAAUUUUAUUUAAUUCUCCAUAAUAAUCUUUGUGUAAUGUUUGUUGUAACCUUUUAUAUUCGCAUCAGAGUUUCAUAGGAUAACAAUUAUUUUCAUUUUACUGUGUGAUGCCAUUUCUUGUUUAGUUCUGGGGAUGUGACUUUUUUGUGAUGUGCUUGUCUUUUGUAACCACUCAUUGUUAAAGGACCAAAUACAAAAGAGAAGUAAUGUUUUUUUACAAAAUUUGUGUUUGGCUAGGCAUACACACAUUAUACAACUUCCUCAAAAACUAAAAUUGUGUAGAUAGUUUUAAAAAAUUCAAUUGUAAACUGAUAAAAUAAAAUAAAAUAAGUACCGUAAUCAUCAUUUGUUUAUCUGAGUUGACCUUUCAUAUCUGAGUAGUGCUUGUCUCUCUAUUAUUGUACUUUUUUGUUUAAAUAUGGUCAUACAAAGGAGGACAUCUAUCAUUAUAAAUAUUCUGUAGUUGAUUGCUUUCAUAAAUAUAAUAUCCAAGACUUAUUUACUCACAAGACAAUUUGCAAAAUUACUACUAUUACCAAUGUGUGCUUUUAAACAUAAAUUUAAGCAGACUUUCACAGCCUUUGAUAUGCUGAUAAAGUUGAAAAUGUAUAAAAGUUAUGCAUCCAAAAAAUUUAACAUGUGGAAAAAUGUAAGCCGCUAAAACCUGUUAACUCAUAAGAACAGUGUUUUUCAGCCGCAACCUUGUGUAACACUAAUAAUUUUCUUUGUAUGUUGUAGGAAUUUUGUUCUUAACUUUAUUCCUCUUGGUAUAUCUAUGAACAUUAAAACUUCUAUUUUUAUGUUUAUAUGAGAAUCAAAUUUUGGUAUGUACAUUUUCUCUUGUAUUUCUGAUAACCCAACAUAAUUUCCAUUCUUUGUUUUGUGUAUUGUUAUGAGAACUGUUUGGUUAACAUAGAGUAUCAGUCUGCAUUCGUUAUUUUGUUUAUUAUUGUGUAGCUCUUUUUACCUGUCAGGUUUGACACUGGAAUCUCAGUUCUCUUAUAGAUGUAUUUUUCUAUGGCUCUUUGUAAAAUGCAAAUAUUUUUAAUUUUUGUAAGUGGAAUUUGUAUAUUAAAUGCUACCUAAUCAUGGCUGUGACUAAA